GGGACGGAGCAGGGGCGGACCGCUAGCUAGCCGGAGUGGGACGGCCGAGAGGUCCUCAGUGCCGGGCCGGAGACCAGGAAACUGACCUGGGAGUCAUGGCCGCCAAACCCAAGCUCUACUACUUCUGUGGCAGGGGAAGAAUGGAGGCCAUCCGCUGGCUGCUGGCUGCCGCUGGUGUCGAGGUGGACUCCCGAUGGGGAAGAGGAAGACGGAGGACCACAGCUGGACACCUGCUUUUUGGCCAAGUGCCUCUGGUUGAAAUCGAUGGAAUGAUGCUGACUCAGACCCGGGCCAUCCUCAGCUACCUCGCUGCUAAGUACAACCUGUACGGGAAAGACCUGAAGGAGAGAGCCAGGAUCGACAUGUACACGGACGGCACCAUGGAUCUGAUGCUAAUGAUUCUGGCGACUCCAUUCAGUAGCCCGACGAACAAGGAGGGGAGCUAUGCUACCAUCGUCCAGAAAGCCAAAACCCGCUACUUCCCAGCCUUUGAAAAGGUUUUGAAAGGCCAUGGAGAAGACUUCCUUGUUGGCAAUGCAUUCAGUUGGGCAGAUGUACAGCUGUUUGAAGCCAUUUUAAUGGUGGAAGAACUGGACGCUGCUGUCCUGUCUGACUUCCCGCAGCUGAAGGCAUUUAAAGCAAGAGUGGGCAACAUGCCUAACAUGAAGAAGUUCCUGCAGCCUGGGAGCCAAAGGAAGCCUCCUGCCGAUGACCACUAUGUUAAAGUGGUCAGGGACGUCCUGCAGUUUUAAUGGCCGCAGGUCUAAGGCUGGCAGGUGUCAACGCAGCCAGCACAUGCCUGGGUGGUGCAUUGCAGAACUAGACCACGGAGUAGAUGAACGAGACCCACGCUGCCAUCAGCAGCCAGUGCCUGUUCAACGCGAUGUUCAACAGCAAAUCCUCAUUAAAUGCUAUGUGAAA